CGUGCCUGGAAGAGAAGAAGGCGAAAAAAGAGACCAUAGACGUCCGCACCGGCCUAGAGCGGCCCUUAAAGUGUAAGACAGAGGAGGGUGGGCGAGGACCACCCUCGACAGGCCGCCGGCGGAAUCAUGGCGACCCGGAAUCCCCCUCCCCAAGAGUAUGAAAGUGAUGACGAGUCUUACGAAGUGUUGGAUUUAACUGAAUAUGCAAGAAGACACCAUUGGUGGAAUCGAGUGUUUGGUCACAGUUCGGGACCUAUGGUAGAAAAGUACUCAGUAGCCACUCAGAUUGUGAUGGGUGGAGUGACUGGCUGGUGUGCUGGAUUUUUGUUCCAGAAAGUUGGAAAACUUGCAGCAACUGCAGUAGGUGGUGGCUUUCUGCUCCUUCAGCUUGCCAGUCACAGUGGCUAUGUGCAGAUCGACUGGAAGAGAGUUGAAAAAGAUGUAAACAAAGCAAAAAGACAGAUUAAGAAACGAGCAAAUAAAGCAGCACCUGAAAUCAACAAUAUAAUUGAGGAAGCAACAGAAUUUAUCAAACAGAACAUCGUGAUAUCCAGUGGAUUUGUGGGAGGCUUUUUGCUAGGCCUGGCAUCUUAAGGACGUGAAUGUUCUAUCAUAGUAGAUUCAACUGUGACAAGAGCAGUGGUGGUGACAAGGCAGUCUCUCAACAGCACAUACCACGAGAUUCUCCAGGGCAAGGAGAAACAAUUAUCUGGACAAUACUGAAUUCACAACUUUAGUGUUUUGCCUUCUAAAGCUUGGCAAACUAGUAUCUGCUGUAAAAUACCCUGUAUUGUAUGUGUAUAACUUUCAUUUAAAAAAGAAUUUGCUUCUGUUUAGAAAUUAGCCUAUAAAAUAUCAUCAGUGGAUAUAGAUAUGGAGAGAAAAAAAAUCUGUUUGUUGGACUUAUUCUCCAGUGAAAUAUUACCCUUGUUUUAUUUAAAUAAGAUAUUCUUCAUUAUGCUUUAUAGUAUAGUACCAAUAAUUUAUAAUUUGUAUUAUCACUUCAACAUUAGGGCUGAGUUUUAUUUUAAGAAAUGUUUGCAAUAAACUGAAGAACUGCAAUGCCUGUUUAUGGAAGGAUUUAGAAAUAACAGAAUUACUAAAGAUAUUAAACAUACUCUACUGAUGUAAUUUAAUACCAGUUUUUAAGUUUUUCUUUUUUUUUCCUAUUUAGGCUUUAAUAUACUUAUUUUUACCUGCAAUUCUUACUUUGCUUAAAGAAUAAUUGUAGUAACAGUUUCAAAGAAAGCCCUUGUAAGCAAAUGCUACAUGUCCAGAGCUCUUCUUUCUUUCUUUUUUUUGUCAUCUGUAGUUAAAAAAUAUCUUCUUGUAUAUAAGCUUCUAACUUUUUAAAUUUGUUUGUUUAUCUUGGCAGUAUGGACAGAAGUAAUUUUGGGGGCUUGUAUAUAGUUGGUCAACUGAUUGAUUUUAUUAACCUUGAAUGAACUUCCAUUCUCAUUUAAAAUUCCUGAUUAUUAUUCUGGCCCCUUCUUCACGAGGAAGUAAAAGUCACUUUAAAAUAUUUAGUAGUAUAGUAUGAAUUUUUUAUUUAAAGAACAGUGAUUUUCUAUGUAAUUGUGAAAUUGUAGCUUAAAGAGAAUUGUUCCCUUGAUCUAGUUUGAGAUGUAAGUACUAAGACUUUCAGGCUUUCUGUAUCAUUAUAUUGGUUGAACAUUAAGCCAGUGAACUUGUUUCUCAGGGCCAACAUCACACUCCUUCAGAGGCUCCUUUGUCCCCAAAGUUUUCUAUAUUUUUAGUUUUGUCUGUAGAGUUCUAGGUUGGUAUUGGGAGAAACAGCAGAACAACGUGUGUUGGAGUCUUCAGAUUGGAAAGACUGUAGGUAUCCAGGCCACCUCCUUUUCAUAGGAAGUUCCCAUAGUAUAUUUUGGGUAUUGUAAACAUAUGGCUUUUCAUACUUUCAAGACUGGUUACAGUCUGAGCGCUUUCAUUAGUGUUGAGACUCCUUAAAAUUGAAUGUGGGAUUGAUGUUAAGUUUCUUCCUUUACUCUCAUUAGUGCCUCAGAUAUGAUGCUAAAUAAACUUCAGACUUUCGUAAUAUGAAGUGAUUUUGCUUAUAAAUACUUGAUUUUUCUUUUUUGGGCUUUUCUUUAUUUCUACCUUGUCCAGCUUUUUAUCACUUGGGAUUAAAAGGGAAAAAUAUUCAUGAAUAUGAUCAGGUCACACAUUAGCUUGAACCUUGGCUGUGCUUCUGUGUGCCACACCUUUGUGAUUCUCUCGUGUGAUACAAUGAGGCAGGCUAUUGUGGGGGGCUCUGGUAGCUGACUCAAUUUGUUCAUUUGGAAAUAUUUAUAGCGUGUUCUGUGCAUGAUACACUAGGAAAGUGGCGGAGGGAGCACAAACAUCACUGCCCUCAAUAGCCUUCAACUGAAUAGAGACUAAGAUAUUUCUAUAUGAAAAGUUAUGAUAUAGGAGAACCUGGCAUAUGAGUAGUAGGGAUUACUACUUUCAAAGUCCAAACAUGAAUGAAAACUGAAAAAGAUAGUAGCAACUCAUUUUUACCUAUACAUUUCCAAGUAG